AUGUAUAAACGAGACCAGCAAAAUGCUCAUCAACGCGUCCCGCAUCUACCACCCGCGCCACGAGAGGACGUGGACGACCGUGGUGAUGACGACGAUGCGCAAGCCGAUGGUGAUGCUCACAACGGAUCAGCAGCACCAUUGCUGUUUUCUUCGACGACCUCACGUGGGCAGUAUCAUCAAUGCGGUUCUGGACGGCGAGUGAAGCUGUAUGUGUUAGAAGACCAAACUUGGGUCGACCGCGGCACUGGGUACUGUGCUGGUGUCUAUGACGAAGCUAAAGACGAGGCAUUGCUUGUUGUGCGCAAAGAGGAAUGCUGUGAAUCAUUAGGAAAGGUGGAAGAUGCGUCUGCCAUCGUGUCAGGGUCGUCGUCGCAAGCCGGCUUAGGGUCAAUGACGCCUCAAGAGUACAUUCUAGUUGUGAGCGAGUCGCUCAACACGGACGACUACAUACUCAACGCGCCUGUCAUCAAAGAUGACGUAUACCAAAGACAGCAUGAUACACUUGUCGUCUGGACGGACCUGGAAGGGUACGACAUGGCUCUUUCGUUCCAAGAACUCGAGGGAUGCAAUGAAGUAUGGGACUUCAUUACUGAAGUCCAACACCACUUUGCUCUGAGCCGUGGUUUUGAUUUCGAGAAAGAGUUGCAAGAACCUCUACCGCCAUUUGAGCUACCUUUACCGACGCUGGAGAAUCUGGAUUCGAUCGAAGAAAAGCUUCGUGUGAAUUCUUUGCAUAGCGGAGCAAUGCGGGAAAAAAUGGUCGAGUGGCUACUGCGGGAGGAGUACGUGCGCCGGCUUGUACCACUGUUUGAACAAGCAGAAGCGCGGCAUGACUUGAAGAAGUUACAUACGUUUUUCGAGAUUAUGCGCACUAUAUUCAUGAUCAAUGACAACAUCAUGACAGAAUAUCUAUUACAGGAGAACUUAUUCAUGGCCGUGGCAGGAAUGCUGGAAUACAAUCCUGAGCAGCCGCAUUUGAAAGCCUCGUAUCGCUCAUACUUGCAAGAUGAAACGAAAUUUCAUCAAAUUGUCGAGUUUGAAGACCCUACUGUUGUGACGAAGAUCAACGAAACAUAUCGACUUAUAUACCUGAAAGAUGUGAUGCUCGCGAGCUUCAUGGAUGAUGGAAUGCUGUCUAUGCUUAAUUCGCUUGUGUUCUUUUUUGAAAAUGAAAUUGUUACAUACUGCAUCAGCAAUGAACAUGUGUGGGAUCAAAUGCGAAAAGUGUUCCAAGGAUCGACAACCAACAAUGAUGCGCGUGUGCAACGAGCAAAAGCGAUCUUGUUUAUUCAGCAACUUUGUGCUCUGUCGAGGCAGCUUCAGCUACCAAGUCGAGUGGGACUGAUCCGAAGCCUUGUUGAGGGUGACGUACUGACCAUGAUGACAUAUGCUUUUUCGCAAUCAGAUUCAGUUCUGCGGAAUGCAGCGACAGAGAUUUUGAUGACAAUGAUCGAGCAUGAUGCUGCGUGUGUGCGAGAGAGACUUGGAUCGUGGUCAGCCGAAAACAAGGAGGGAUCGUCCUUGUUUCACGUACUGAUCCGAGUGUUUCUCGAGACGGACGAUGCUGGUCUUCGAGGCCAGAUCACAGAGGCGUGGCGGGUGAUGAUGGAUGUCAGUGCAGAUGGUGUAGUAGGCCCUAUCCAAGGCGAAUUGGACGCAUUCUUAGGCUGGCUGUAUGGAGGACCGAUUCAGGAGCUUUUCGAGCCGUUUCAACGUGUGCCACCUCUCUCUGCAUUAGCUCUUGAUGAGCUAUUACCGCUUUCCGCGCAUGAUGUCAACGUAUAUUUGCACCUGUGUGAUUUGCUGUGCUUUGCCAUCACGCAGCAUGCAUAUCGAAGUAGGCAUUACGUCCUGACCUCGAAUGCGUGCCGGUAUGUGGGAUCGUUACUUCAUGCACGCGAUAAGCACAUGCGUCUUGCAGCACUACGCGUGAUACGUUCGUAUGUGUCGAGUGGUGAUCAUGAUAUGUAUCAGAGUCUGAUCGACAGCAACGCUCUGGCGCAUGUGCUUGCUCUGCUUCAGCGAGAAGCCCCGCGGGACAAUCUCGUGUCGUCGGCUUGUCUUGGCAUGUUUGAACAGAUUCGCAAAGAGAAUGUGCGUCCUAUUCUCGAACAUGUAUGGCAAAAUCACCACGAUCUGAUCCACCAACUGCGCAGGAAUGUGACGACGGGCUCUUGUAUGACGGCUCUUUCCAUGUGUUGUGAGCGGCACGGAUUGUUGAAAAGCAACGAGGUAGCAUGUCUAGCUCCCACGUCGCCGUCGUCAUCGACUAGUACUACAUCCUCAGCGAAAGAAAAGAAAUCACGUCUGCAUGCGGAGCAAGAGCAAAGAGACAGUUGCCGUGGACAUGAAGAGCUAGACAAAGAUGAAGAGUCCUACUUUGCAGAUGAGCCUGAAAAUGAAACAGCGCCGCCUGUUGGCGCCUCUUCAGUUGAUGCAUCUGACGAUGCGAAAGAUCGAACAUUCCCUUCGUUGGCUCGACGAAGAAAAGCUGCGGAAGCGAGCGGCGAUGAUGAUGAUGAGGACGAUCUGAUGAAGCGUGUAGCAAAGCGCCAGUCACUAUCGCAUGAACAGCCAGAAUCGGCAUCGAACAGCAAAGCGCAGCCAAGUUCCCUAUCUUUCCAUGUCAAGGUGGCUACAAAUGAUAAAUGA